ACUUAGUACAAGUUAUUUUUAAAAACUUGAUUUAAUCAUAUAGCACACAAACAUAAAAAAUUUGCACAGCCAUUCAACUAUAUUGGUUUGACCAAAAAUAAUUUUAACAAGCAAUGCAAGCACACAAUUAAAGAAUAAAAUCAAGCAAUUGAAUUAGUAGUGCUAAUACCAACAACACCUCAAAGAAUAAUUCAAAAAUAAAAAAGAAAACUAAUAAAAUUAAACUAAACAAACCAACUUUCUUCAAUCCUUCCUCCUUUUUUUUUUUAAUUUUUUUAUAUCACUGUAAUAAAAUUGUCAUUAUUAAUAAAGUCUUCCAUUUUUUCGGCUUUAAUGUCUUAAAAUUUUCCAAUCAAUCUACCUUUUAUUAUUCUUACAUAAAAAACCUUCAUAUUCAAUUUAUAAUACUUUAUGCUUUUAUAAUUUCAUUUCAUCUGAUUAUUACUGAGAAUUUCUCUCUCUUUCUCUCACCUCCUCCAUUAAUGGCGGUUUCUCCGACGGUUUUCCCGCAACGCCGGCGACGACCAUCUCCGACGUCGUUUCUCUCGCUUCAGCUCUCCACCGCCGACCUCCUCCGCGCACUCCACUCUCUCUCCUCUGAGAUCUCCGCCCUCGAUCCUCCUUGCUUCCUCUUCAAGCGAAACUCCACUUCGAUUAUCCGGAAAUGCUGUCUUCUCGCCGUCAUUAUUGACGAGGUUUUCCGGCAGUUUAAUCACCGUUUAUCUGCGCUUUUUUCGCCUUCUUCGCUUCUCUGCUUCGAAGAGAUGUUCAUCGUUUUACAGCGAAUCAGAGCUUUGAUUGAAGAUUGCUCUAAUGGCGGAAGCAAAUUAUGGCUUCUGAUGCAGAUUGAGCCGAUUUCCAGUAGUUUCCAUGAGUUGACUUUGGAUUUGUGGACUUUGCUUGAAAUUCUCCCCAAAAGUGAGCUUAAUUUGAGCGAAGAUGUUGAUGAAUUGCGGAAUUUGUUGAUCAAACAGUGCCGUGAAGAUAAAUCGUUUGUUGAUCCUUCCGAUAAUCGAUUGCGAAUUGAGGUUUUCACCAUGCUUGAUUCGAUUAAGAAGGAGAUUGUUCCUGAUCAUUUGAAACUCGCUGAAUUGUUCGCGAAACUCGGAAUGAGUGACUCAGCGAGUUGCAGAGAGGAGAUCGAGUGGUUGGAAGACGAAAUUCAGUGUCAAACAGAUGAGAAAUCAAAAUCAGAGGUGGUUUCGUUGAUCGGACUUGUGAGAUACACGAAAUGCGUGCUUUACGGCGCUUCUUCGAGUAUAAAUUCCGACGAAAAUUUUCGCCGGAAUUAUUCGUCGGAGGCGAAUAUUCCGGCGGAUUUCCGGUGUCCGAUUACGCUUGAUCUGAUGUCUGACCCUGUUGUUGUGGCGACAGGACAGACGUACGAUCGAACCUCAAUUAUGCUUUGGAUCGAAUCAGGUCAUAACACGUGUCCCAAGACUGGUCAAACAUUGGUCAACACAAACCUGGUGUCUAAUAGAGCGUUGAAGAGCUUGAUUGCUAUGUGGUGUAGGGAGAGGAGGAUCCCGUUUGGGGCGGCCGAGAGUAGUGAAGGUCAAAACGGCGUCGCUUUGAAUAAGGCGGCGUUCGAGGCGACUAAGAUGACGGUGUCGUUUUUGCUGGAUAAGUUAGGGUCUGAUUCGCAGGCGGUUGAUAUGGUUAACCGGGUUAUAUAUGAGCUUAGGGUGUUUGCUAAGACCGACUCGGAUAGCCGAGCUUGUAUAGGGGAAGCCGGGGCAAUCCCGUUGUUGGUAAGGUAUUUGGGGUUGGAUCAUCCGAAGCUACAGGUUAAUGCUGUUACGACGAUACUUAAUUUGUCGAUUCUUGAGGCGAAUAAGGCUAGGAUCAUGGAGACCGAUGGGGCGUUGAAUGGUGUUAUUGAGGUGCUACGUUCGGGUGUAACAUGGGAAGCUAAGGCCAAUGCGGCUGCUACAAUGUAUAGUUUAUGCGCGGUGAGUGCUUAUAGGAAGAGGCUUGGGAAGAAGACUCGCGUUAUUAAAGGAUUGCUUGAGCUUGCUAGGGAAGGGCCUACGAGCUCUAAGAGGGAUGCCUUGGUCGCGAUAUUGACCUUAGCGGGAGAUAGAGAGACUGCAGGGAGGUUGGUUGAAGGCGCGGUGUUGGAUAUGCUAAAGGAGGUUAUGGUCGAGCUACCAGAGGAAGCGAUGACAAUCAUGGAAACGAUUGUUAAGAAAGGUGGUUUUGUUGCAAUUGCUGCAGCUAGCCAUAUGAUUGGAAGAUUAGUGGCUGUGUUAAGAAGUGGUACCGAUAGAACCAAGGAGAGCGCGAUUGCCACCCUUGUAAUUAUAUGUCGGAAAGGAGGAGCAGAAAUGGUAGCUGAGCUAGCAAGGAUAACAACCAUUGAAAUGAUCAUAUGGGAGUUGAUGGGGACAGGGACUGCGAGGGCUAAGAGGAAAGCUGCCUCGCUAAUGCGAAUACUCCGGAGGUGGGCAGCUGGUUUGGAAGGAGAUGUAUUGGAGGAGUUCUCUAUGACCAUGGCAUUACAAUGAAUUCAUAGUAUGUGCCAUUGUCGUAUAAUUGUACAAAAACAAAGGUAGUUUGUCAAAAUUCUUUUAUCUUUUUUUUCGCCUUUGAAUUUAAUUCCAAUAUCAUUUGUACAUGUCCUACAUAGUUGUAAUUGUUUCCUUUGAUCAUUUAUACACAAAACAUGUCAAUAGUCAUUUGUUUUCCUGUUGUGUGAAUAAACAUAGAACUUCUUGUUUGUUA